UGGUUGGAGCGUGGCUGUUUGUUUCCCCCUCGCUCCCUCCCUCGCUCAGCGAAAAAGCCAAAAGGACAUCUGCCGUAGUGGGCGGCAGGGGACGGGACUCGUAGUCGCUGCGCCGCGGGGACCUCGCCGUGGCCCGCUGCCAUGAGGAGGACAAACCUGUGGUGUUGAUGGAAGGAGACGAGCGGCGGCGGAAGCGUUGAAUGUGCCGGCGGGCCUCCUACAUCUGUUGGAGGAGGAGGAGUUGACGGAGGUGCAGCGGCAGUCAGAGCAGCGUGAUGUCGCCGCCGAUAGAGAGUUAGAAGAUGAAGUUUAAGAAGUUCAUCACAAUCAUGCAGGCGGCCAUAGGGAUCGUGCCCCUGAACAAACGGGAGCUUCUGCCCCCCGGCAGGAAACUGUGGAGACCCCUGGGGGACCAACCUGGCUCCGAGCAGACCAGCACUGAUCUGCUCAAGUCCAACCGCAAGUUCCGCUGGUCCAGAGAAGCCCACUACUUGUACCUUCGCCGCCUCUCUUCACGCAGCUACUCUGCUAUUACGAUGAACCCGGUCAUGGAGGAGACGGUGUGGGAGCAGUACACCGUGACUCUGCAGAGGGAUCCAAAGAUGGGCUUUGGCAUCGCCGUGUCGGGGGGGCGAGACAACCCAAACGAGGAAAGUGGAGAGACCUCCAUCGUUGUGUCCGACGUCCUGCAGGGAGGACCGGCGGACGGCUUUUUGUUUGAGAAUGACCGAGUGAUACAGGUGAACGCCAUCUCCAUGGAGGGGGCCCUCCACUCCGUCGCUGUGCAGACCCUCAGGAAGUGCGGCAAAGUGGCAAAAAUUACCGUCAAGAGGCCCAGGAAGGUUCCAGUAAACAUGCUGAACCGCCCGCCGUCACCCGAUGACCGAGUCUUCAACAACGACUACAACGAAGAUUACAACUACGAGCAGGACCGGCGCAGCGUCUACAGCGGGCGCAGCGCGGUGGGCCGGGACCACAGCCCGGACAGGGAGCGCGGCUACGCGGACUCCGGCUACCAGACGCGCGAGCGGGACUACGAGCGGCGGGAACGUGGCCGCAGCGUGGAGAGGGACCUGAGCCCGGACCGGCCGUACAGGAGAGACGGCAGCAGAGGGCGCACGCUGGACCGAGAGCGCAGCCCCGACCGGUCCUACAAGGGCGACCCCAGUCCGGACAGACGGUUCCGCAGCGAGCGCGCGCUGGACCGAGGCCACAGCCCCGACCGCCGCUACCGCAGCGAGCGAGCCCUGGACCGGCCGGUCAGCCCGGACCGGCGCUACCGCAGCGAGCGGAUGCUGGACCGGGCCGACAGCCCCGACAUGCGCCACGGGCGGGAAGGCCACAGCCCGCCGCGGGGCCGCGACCACAGCUUCGAGCGGGGGCGCCAGCGCGUGCACAGCGACCCGAGGAAGUACGAGGAGCCGAUGAAGAGGAGCGGCAGCAGGGACCGCCUGGAGCGCUCGCCGUCGCCCGCGGCCAUGCCCAUCCCACUGGCGCGCCCCACCCGGGACAUGCAGCCCCUGGACAAACCCAUGAACGUGCUGCUGCUGAAGAACCGGCCCAACGAAGAGUACGGCCUUCGUCUUGGCAGUCAGCUCUUCAUCAAAGAGAUGACGAGCACAGGACUGGCCUGCAGAGAUGGGAACCUGCAGGAAGGGGACAUUAUACUAAAGAUUAACGGCACGGCCACGGAAAACCUGUCACUCAGCGACGCAGGGAAGCUCAUCGAGAAGUCCCGCGGGAAGCUGCAGCUGGUGGUGCAGAGAGACAAGCAGCAAGUGCUGAUCCGAGUCCCCCCGAUGGCCGACAGCGACUCAGAGCUCGAUGAUAUCUCCGAGAUCGAGUCGUACCGCUCCUACUCUCCACAGGACGAGCGGCGGGGCCUCCCCUCGGACCUCUCCUCCCACUCCUCCAAUGAGCGGCUCAGGGAGAAGCCUAGAGAGGACCCACCCAACAGGCUGGCAAAAAUGGGUGCCAUGCCAACGCCAUUCAGAGGUCCAGACAGGGCUGCAGAAGACACGCCCCCUUUGAAGGCGGAGAGGGAGGAGCCACGAUCAGAAACUCCCCCAGUGCCCGCCGUCACUGCUGCCCCGAGGCUUCAUGCGGCUCCUAAGCUGCCUCUCAAGCCGAGCAUAGAGGACCAGGAACUUUUUGGGCCGAACACCGUGAUGGUGCGGUUCCAGAAAGGGGACAGCGUGGGCAUGAGGCUGGCAGGCGGCAAUGACGUAGGCAUCUUCAUCGCUGGCGUUCAGGAGGACAGCGCGGCUGAGCAGGAGGGACUCCGCACAGGAGAUCAGAUCAUGAAGGUGAACAACAUGGACUUCCGAGCCAUGGUGCGUGAGGAUGCUGUCCUCUACCUCCUGGAGAUUCCCAAAGGAGAAGAUGUGACCAUUCUGGCUCAAAGCAAACCUGAAGUGUACAAAGACAUUUUGGCAUCGGGCCGAGGGGAUUCCUUCUUCAUCAGGACCCACUUUGAGUACGAGAAGGAGGCCCCUCAGAGCCUUCCUUUCACCAGAGGAGAGAUCUUCAAAGUGACGGACACACUUUACGACGGCAAGCUCGGCAACUGGCUGGCGAUCCGCUCCGACAAAGACAACCAGUUGCGGGAGAAAGGAAUCAUCCCCAACAAGAGCAGAGCGGAGCAAAUGUCCAACGUCCAGAAUGCUGCUCGGGUGGCGUCGGGCAACGACAGGGGAGACUUCUGGAGGCUGAGAGGUCAAAGGGCGGCCAAGAAGAAAGACUUGCGCAAGAGCCGCGAGGACCUGACGGCGGCUCCAGUCACCACCAAGUUCCCUGCAUAUGAGAGGGUGGUCCUACGCGAAGCUGGCUUCAGGAGGCCCGUGGUGAUAUUCGGGCCCAUUUCCGACGCGGUGAAUGAAAAAUUGGGCAACGAUCUGCCGAGCGAGUUUGUCGUCGCUAAAACGGAGCCCAAGGACGCGGGAAGUGAGAAGUCCUCCGGAGUGGUGAGAUUAAACACCAUCAGGCAGAUCAUUGAGCAGGACCGUCAUGCCCUGCUGGAUGUGACUCCCAAAGCUGUGGACACUCUGAACUACACCCAGUGGUACCCCAUCGUCCUCUUCCUGAACCCGGACAGCAAGCAAGGCGUCAAAACCAUGAGGAACCGCCUGGUACCCGGAUCCAGCCGCAGCGCACGCAAACUGUUUGAGCAGGCCGUCAAGCUGAGGAAGACCUGCUCACACCUUUUCACAGCGACCAUUGACCUGAACUCGGCCAAUGACGCGUGGUACGGCAGCGUGAAAGACUCAAUCCGGGAGCAGCAGGAGAGAGCCGUGUGGGUGUGCGAGGGCAAGUUGGACGGUUCAGAGGAGGACCUGGAUCUCCACGACGACGGCGUGUCCUACCUGUCGGCGAUGAGCGCGGACUACCUGAGCAUGGACAGCCGCCUCACCAGCGACUACGAAGACACGGCGGACGAGGGCGGGGCCUACACCGACAACGAGCUGGACGAGCCGCUGGACGAGCCCCAGCCGGUGUCCGCCAUCAGCCGGUCCUCGGAGCCCGUGCUGUCAGAUGAGAAACCUCAUCCUGAACCCCGGGGUCGAAUGAAGAGGUCGGGGAGCAGAGAGAGGCUGGACAGAGAGCCCAGCCCUCCCAUCCCCCCCUUUGUCCCUGAACCUCCCAAGAUGCGGGUUCAGGCUCGGACUGACUCAUCGCGCAGCUAUGACUCGCGCUCCAGCAGCACCAUCAGCAGCGACGUGGCGGGCGUAAACAGGCCGCUUCCCCCUCCUGUGGCCCUGAAGCCCACCGCGCACCGUCCGAGCCACCCGUCGGAGGAGCGGCGCCCGGGAGACGAGGACCCCGCCAACACAUCCUUCCAGGGCAAGAAAAUGGGUGAUCAGAUUAAAGCUUUCGAGAAAAUGGACCAUCUGGCCCGAGCUCAGAGGAUCCUGGAGCUGCAAGAGGCGGAAAAUGCCAGAUUGGAAAUCGCCCAGAAGCAUCCUGACAUCUACGCUGUGCCAGUGAAACAACCCAAACCCAACCUCCACCGGCCUCAGCCAAUAGGGAAACCCUAAACUGCUGGAUCAUUGCGGCCUCUGUGUGUCUGAUCAGUUCAAGCGCCAACCCCGAGCAGCCACUCAGGCCGCCGUACUCCGAGUCCAGAGGGUACGAGGAAGACGAGGCCGAGUACCGCCGGCAGCUGGCCGAACAGACCAAGAGGGGAUACUACAAUCCUCAGAAAUACAAUGACACUGAGCUGUAGGCCCCGACGCCAGGAAAGAACGUCUUCAGCGAACACCUCCCUCGUCGGCACGCCAGCCGCUCUCUGGCCCUCGGCUCUCCCACCCCGUCUGUUUGUGUUCGCAUUUAUGAAAAUGUCAAUUCCAACUAUUAUUCUGGACACUUUUAUAAAUUUCAUGUAUUCCAGCAAAUGUCCCAUCCUAAAAAAAAUGUUUUGCCUUCGGGGUCAUUUGUUUUUGGACUGUGACACCAUUUCUUUUUUUUUGAUUUAGCGUCUUUACACAAAAGGUUUGAAUUGAAGCAGUCACGACUUGACUAAAACACAAUAUUAGCAGUAUAAGGAUUGCAGCCAUUUUUACACUCAUCCCUAAUUUGAAUUAAAGCUGAAGGUUUAUACUUCCAACGGUUUGAACUGACGCAGUCCGUAUCAGUCCUACUUAUGGCCCCGACUGUAUUUUAGUGUAUUUGUUUUAAAUUGUCUGAAGGUUUUAUUUCCUCCCAUUACAGCAAUAGAAAGGUCCAGUUUAUCCCUCAUGCACUACUAUUGCGAAAUGUUUGUAGGAUUCUGAGUUUGCCUUUAGAACGUCAGAUGUUGGAUGACCUUCAGGGCUUUUCAGGUAGACAGAAAAACAGACACUUACCUCUGUAACUGGAGCGAAAACAACCACUCCAGACAUAGAAUACUGUAGAUCAUGUACUUUUUUGCGACCAACAAUGCUGGGACGCUGCUCCCCAGUAGCUUUCACACCACGUGAGGACCUUCCUGUGUGAGCUGUAAACACACAGGACGUUGGCGAGGCUGUGAAGGCGGACGAGUCGGCACAAUGUAGCGUAGUAAUCUCGUUUAGCCGCAUCGUGAGUCAUAUUUACAGACCGUUUCAUGUUGUAGAAAACAUUUGAAUCUUGUGUCAACUACACGUUUCAGUCCUGACCAAAAAGUCGCAACGCGCGCUAAUUUGGGGGUUUUAGAAUUAAUUUGUGAAUGUAGAUACGUCUCCCUCUUAUUCAAGUUGUAUAUAUUUUACACAGUUUAAUACGUCUGGGAAGCAGCAUAUAAGUGCCUUAUAGCUCUUAUGGGGGGAAAACGCACCAUGUCUUCACUAAAGAACAAUUCUGGAAAUGCAGUUCUAAUUACGACGUGCAGGAAGAUCUCAAUUCUAACAUCUGAAUUUCAUUCUUAUGAGAUAGCAAAUUAAAGUCCUUGGAAGCAUUUGUGUACUUGGCUGGAACAGACAAAGCAGGUCAAAUGUAUCAGCACUGCGUGUUCAGAUUUGGGUGCGGCACAUCGUCUUGUUUCUUUAUUAGCUGCCAGCUCUUGCAUAUGUAUUUUUUUUUGGGAUAUACACUGAACUCAUUUAAGUCUUUUUAUGUGAUGACAAUCAGUUUAAAUGUGUUAGUUUGUGAUUGUUAAUCUUUGUUACAAAACACUCGUUAAAUAAAUCAAAUUUUUCUGAAUUUA